AUGGGGCCAAUUGGCAAGGAGGAGGACAAGGUCAGGGAAGCUAUGGUGGACAACAAGGCGCAUGGCAAGCAGGAAACGGAGGCCAAGCUCAAGGAGGCUAUGGUGUCCAACAAGGAGGCUCGUGGCAAGGAGGAAACGGAGGUCAAGGCCAAGGUGGCUACGGUGUCCAGCAAGGAGGUUCGUGGCAGGGCGGAAACGGAGGCCAAGGUGGCUACGGUGGUCAACAAGGAGGUUCCUGGCAAGGCGGAAACGGAGGACAAGGAGGUUAUGGUGGACAACAAGGCGGGGCGUGGCAGGGAGGAGGCGAAGGCCAAGGAGGUUAUGGUGUACAACAAGGAAGCACGUGGCAAGGAGGAGCUCAAGGAGGAUGGGGCAGCAACUCCGGCAAUUGGGGCGGCCGAACCCCCUGGGGUUGGGGUGGCUAUGGUUAUGGAGGAUGGCACGCAAGAGGUGUUUUCUCAAUAUGAAACUCUAAAAAUAGUAUACGCGUUUCAGGCUGGUGGCCACAUGGUUAUGGUUGGGCUGGAAGAGGUUGGCGAUGGGGAUGGUUAUACUAAGGCGUUACGAUGCAAGAAAACUGCUACCUCGAUGUCCCACCUACUGGUGAUUAACAUUCUUCUGUACAAAUGA